GCCAAAAGAAUUGGGCGCGGCACCGGAAAGGCGAGGCCUUUGCUCUUGCGCACCGUAGAAAUUGUUACCGGCACCACCACCACGGCCACCCGAGCAGCCACCGAGCACCCAGCAAGAACCUCUCUGCCUCUCUCUCUAGGCUUUGACGUCCUCACUGCCACUUGAAAUAUCGGUGGGCACGACCACUCCAGUGUUCCACUGCUCCGGGCUGUGAUUUGGUGCGACUUGGUGGUGGCGGUGUGCGUUUGGCUUCUGCUUUCUUGCUUGCUUCCUUGGAGGAUUCGGACCCGUUGGAAUUCAGGAGCUUGCUGGCCAUGGUCGAAGGGUUCGGGGAUGGAUUGAGGCGUGGGGGAAGAGGAGGGUAGCUUCCUCUUCUUCAGUGAUCGGGUCUGGGUUCGUGGAUCGUGAGAGCAAUCAUGGCGGCGGGUGGGUACUGUCACAGGGUGUGCUGAUCUUUGCAAUCGGAUCAGAAAGACUACUUUAUUCUCUGAUGUCAUCAUAAGUGAAGCCCUCUCUGAUGAAAAGCUGUUAUCUUGGUUGUUUUCUUGGAGUACUGGUUAACGGAUGGUAGCAUAAUCUGGCAGCUAGCAUUUCUCUAUUGGAAUUACCACCCUUCAUAAGAAAUAGGGCAAAUCUCCUUUGGCAAACAUAGUUCAGAGUUCAUCUCUUUGUCAGUUUAUCCUGAGCUUGUUCCUAUGAUUGAAUGAGAUAUCAGCAGCAAGAUACUUCUAAAUGACCUCCCUUAGAAAAUCCUCAUUUAGUUUGGUGGAAGUUUCAGAAGGUUCCAUUCCUGGUCAGGUUUCCUCUGUCAUGUGUAUCAGCUGAUUUGCUGGGCAAAUCUCCUUUGGCAUUGGCUGCUCCAGAUCUCUCUGUGGGCAAAUCUCCUUUGGCACUAGUUCUAGUUUUAGCUUUAGUUUCGGACUGCUCUUUGGGCAAAUCUCCUUUGGCACAAAAUACUACCUUCUCUUAUUUACCUCCAGCUGUGAGUAGCAGCAGCUCUAUCAGGGUAAUUCUCCUUUGGCAUUAUCAGUCAAGUGUGCUGGCUGCGUGCACAUAAAUUCUACCAGCAUAUAAAGAAGUACUUCUGGAAGGUGGAAGGAAUACUUGGUCAACUGUGUUGGUAUAUUGCCAUUCCAAACAUCAACUUGCUUAUUGUUGUUUGUUCUUGAGAUUACCACAUUAUCCAUACAGUACACACCUUAUUCUAAUAAGGACUUGGAAUCAUGGAUUUGUUUGCAAUUGACUCGGAUAGUGAGACAUAUAGUGGGACCAGUGACAGCGAAGACCAAGAAGAAUGUGAAUUUACGUACAGCGACCAUGCCCAAAGUAUCUUGUCCAGCCUGGACGAGAGCAUUGGCAAGAUCGAUAAUUUUCUGACUUUUGAAAGGGGGUUUCUGCAUGGGGAUAUAGUUUGCCCUGUUUCCGACCCCUCAGGUCAGCUGGGACGUGUUGUUGGUGUUGCAAUGUUUGUUGACUUGGAGACAAGCUCUGGUGACAUAAUUAAAGAUGUAAACAGCAAGAAGCUAUCAAGAGUGAGAUCCUUCAUUUCUGGAGACUGCGUUGUAAUGGGACCAUGGAUUGGACGGGUUAUCAGAGCAUUUGACCUUGUUACUGUUUUGUUCAGUGACGGGGCGAAGUGUGAAAUGCUGUUAAGGGAUUCUGAGGCACUGAAGCCCAUUCCGCCUAUUCUUUUUGAAGAUGCACCUUAUUUUUACUAUCCCGGCCAACGUGUGAGGAUUGUUGAACCCUCGGUUUACCAGUCAGCAACAUGGUUGUGUGGUUCAUGGAGGCCAGGUAGAGAUGACGGUGUUGUCUCUCAUGUUGAUGUUGGGAUGGUGCAUGUGAACUGGAUCACAUCUGUGACCAAUGUUUGGGGAGAUAAAUCAUCAAGUCCUCCAAACAUUCAGGAUCCAAAGAAACUCACUUUGCUGUCAUGCUUUCCUUAUGCUAAUUGGCAACUGGGUGAUUGGUGUGCUGUUACGGACGACCAUGGAUGUCUGUGGUUGGAUUCUGGGAAGUCUUGCAUUGUUAGUGAGGCCUGGAAGUGCGACUCUCCUGGGCACAUGCAUUUGGAAAAUUGUAGUUCAGGUUAUUCUCAAACAUAUGUUGUCUCCAAGACAAAGAGUACUGUUGAUAUUCUAUGGCAAAAUGGAAGCAUAUCUCUUGGUCUGGAACCCCAGACACUGGUUCCUGUGAGUACCCUUGGUGAUUAUGAUUUUUGGCCAGGGCAAUUUGUCCUAGAGAAACUGGCUGUUGAGGAUUCUGCAAGAUGUCAACGAACUGGGAUAGUGAGAGAUGUGGAUGCACUCGAGCGAACAGUAAAUGUAUUAUGGAUUAGUCCUGCAGGCAGUGACACUGUCAGCUAUGGAAGAAGUGGCCCUACAGUGGAGACUGUGAGUGCUUACGAGCUGGUAGAGCACCCAGAUUUCUCCUUCUGCACUGGUGAGGUUGUUAUCAGGUCAGCUGUGAACAUAGAAAAGUCUGAAGCAGAUCUCACAAAUGGGUCAUUAGCAAGCAGGGAAUUGGUUACCCACUCUGACUUCUUAUCAUGCAUCGGAAAUGUUCUUGGCUACAAGGAUGAUGGAAUUGAAGUCCAGUGGGCUAAUGGUGUGAUAUCGAAGAUCUCUCUCGUCCAAUGUCAGGUGCAGCAUUUUGAAAUAAUUGGAUUGGAUAAACUUCUUGAUAGUUCACUAGAAUCGAUGCAUGAGGAAAAUACAGCUGGUGAUUCAAUAGACAUGGCUGAGCAGGAGGAAAUGCAUCAUGAGAACGCAAACGUCUGUUUCUCUAUCUAUCCUAUUGCUCUGGAAUCUACUGACUGCACUGGUUCCUUGUGCAAAGCCACUGCCUUUCUCUUUCCCAAGACAGCUUUUGAUUUCCUGACAAAUGUGGCUGCUAGUUUGUUUGGUACUAAUGGUUCUCCAUCGCCAAGCUCAGUUGUAAUAGAUCCUCGAUAUCAAAUUAUUAAGAUGGCAGAAAUGCAGACAUCUGCAGAUGAAUUGCCAGAGGAAAAACAGGUAGUGGAGUUGGUGGCAAAGAUUGAGAAACCAAAUCUCACUUCAGAAGACAACAUAUCAAAAAGAUUUGAUGUAGUGACUGACUGUUCGGAUCAUCACUUUGUGAAGGAAAGUGGCCAUGAAAGUGUUACAAGAAGUUGGGUGAAGAAGGUGCAACAAGAAUGGACGAUCCUGCAAAAUGAUUUACCAGAUGGUAUUCAUGUAAGAGUUUUUGAGGAAAGAAUGGAUCUUCUGAGGGCUUGCAUUGUUGGGGCAGCUGGAACACCUUAUCAUGAUAAUCUUUUUUUCUUUGAUAUUUUCUUUCCUCCUGACUAUCCCCAUGAACCACCUUCUGUUCACUACCACUCUGGUGGUCUCCGCCUGAACCCAAAUUUGUAUGAGUCGGGAAAAGUAUGUCUCAGCCUUCUCAAGACAUGGACAGGAACUGGUAACGAAGUGUGGAAUCCAGAGAACUCAACUAUUCUUCAACUGCUGUUGUCCCUUCAGGCCCUUGUUCUCAAUGAAAAACCUUAUUUCAACGAGGCGGGCUAUGACAAAUUUUUGGGGAAGGCUGAUGGAGAGAAGAACUCUAUCACUUACAAUGAGAAUGCUUUCCUGCUGUCAUGCAAGUCCAUGAUGUAUGUUUUACACAAACCACCAAAGCAUUUUGAGAAGUUGGUCAAGGAGCAUUUCGCUUGCCACGCCCAAUGCAUUCUGGAUGCCUGUGAGGCUUAUCUUGGCGGUGAUCUCGUGGGACACGCGCACGACAAAGCAUACAUUUCAGAGGACGGCAGCAAGAACUGUUCAACCGGUUUCAAGAUAAUGCUUGGAAAGCUUCUGCCGAAGCUUGCCGCUGCCUUCUCUGAAGCUGGGAUCAUCAGCGGCCAGUAAACCAGAGCAAGCUUGCUCCCUAAUCAUUAAUGAAACUGGGACCCUUUAUCAGUGCUUAUUGUGUAUAUUUUGAUGCUUGUGUAUUCCAAAUAAAAUGCUACCUGGUUCAUGCUUUAGUUAUGCUUGUCUUGUAAAUGCGGAACAGUAUAUACGCAUGAUUGCUGAACUGAAAUGGUGCUAAGCUAAAGGCAGCUCAAGUGUGGAGUGCCUGGAUUUGGGUUGUAUUCUACGUUAAGUGUGAAAGGUAUGUAAAUGUGUGUUCUUGAAAGGUUUGCCUAAAUUAUUGACAGUGCAGUUGUGUACAUAUUUGCUAGUACUA